GCCGUCCCCGAGUCCUGGGUCUCUAUAUAACCCUCCUCCCUCCCUCCCCACCUUUUCAUCCAAAGGACUCCACCACCAAAAUGUCCCUCCACCAGCAACACCCCUUCAAACCCUACUUCUUCGGCGUCCGCGGCUCAGCCCUAAUCACCACAAUCACAAUCGCCUCCUCCUCCGCCUUCCUCCUCCUCGGCUACGACCAAGGUGUCCUCUCCGGUCUCCUCACAGGCUCCCAUUUCUUGAAGGUGUUUAAUUACCCAAAUGCAGAGUUGACUGGGACGAUCGUCGCGAUUUAUGAUAUUGGAUGUUUGUUGGGCGCGUUGUUUACUGCGUUUUAUGGCGAGGUCAUGGGGAGGAGGAGGGCGGCGUUGGUUGGGUUGAGUAUCAUGGUUGUUGGGGCCACGUUGCAGACUUCUACCUUUGGAACAGCACAGAUGAUCGUCGCACGCACAGUAACCGGCUUCGGCAACGGCAUAAACGCAGCCACAAUCCCAAUGUACAACGCCGAAAUGGUCAAACCCUCAAACCGCGGCCGCCUCGUCUCCUUCCAAGGCUCCAUGAUCGGUUUCGGUAUCUUCAUCUCCUACUGGAUCGACUACGGGUUUUCGUUCACGGAGGGCGGGAUAGCGUGGCGUGUUCCGAUUGGGCUCCAGUUGUUGUUUGCGGGUGUUACGAUUUGUUUGUUGUGGUUUUUGCCGGAGAGUCCGAGGUGGUUGGCGGCGCAUGGGAGGGAGGACGAGGCGGCGUGGGUUUUGGCGCAACUUGAGCCGAAGGGGACCGAGGUUGGGGACGAAGUCGUGCAGAUGCGUAUGCGCGAAAUCACUACCGCGCUCACAGCUGAAGGCCGUGGCGGUCCGGUGAGGUGGGCAGAAUGCUGGGAAAACAAUAAACAGCAGAAUCGGAAACGUGUGUUGUUGGCCUGCGGGAUUAAUAUUUUUCAGCAGUUGAGUGGGUGUAAUGCCUUGGUGUAUUAUAUCCCUGUGUUGCUUGAGCAGACGGUUGGGUUGUCGAGGGAGUCGUCUCUCCUCGUUGGUGGGUUGAUUGGGUUGGUCUUCUUUUUGUUCUCUGCUUAUCCCUUGAUUUUCUUGGAUAAGUGGGGGAGACCGAAGCCGUUUAUCAUUGCGUCGAUCGUGCAAUCGAUCUCGAUGGUCCUCAUCGCGAUCCUCCUCUCGACUGGUAACGCAACGGCUGCGAAAGCAUCCGUCUUGUUCUUCUUCACCUACAUCGCCAUCUUCGGAACCUGCUACCUCGGCACCCCCUGGCUCUACGGCCCCGAACUCCUCCCCCUCCGCCUCCGCGCCCGCGGCUCAGCCCUCGCAACAGGCUGCAACUGGAUCUGCAACUUCCUCAUCGUCGAAAUCACACCCAUCCUAAUUUCCCGAAUCCAAUGGAAGACGUAUAUCUUGUUUGCGUGUUUGAAUGCGUUGUGGGCGCCGUUGUUGUGGUUGUAUUAUCCGGAUACGGCGAGGAAGAGUUUGGAGGAGAUUGAUGCGUUGUUUACGGGGGAGGAGGUUGUGGGUGUGCGGGUUGGGGAGGGGAAGGGGGAUGUGGAGCUGGAGCUGGAGAAGGGUGCUGUUGCGCAUGUUGAGAGGACGGAUAGUAGGAGGUCGUGAGAUUAAAACUUGAAGGGCCAAGUAGGCUGUGUACUAUUACUAGAUAACACACAAUGACCAUUCAGUACUCUCGUGUCCCGGGCAAUUUGUACAUGGAGCUCGGUGUGCACAUACGGUAU